CGCCUUCGAAAUUUCCCAAUUGUUUUUUCCAACAAAUUUUCAAACAAAUUCGCUCAGAUCCUCUUCUUCUCAGAGAUCAACCUUCAAAUCAAUUGUUGUUAAAAAAUGGGAUUAAAGCGACCUUAUGAUGCUGAAGAGAUGCAAGAGUGCAAUGCUAAGCAUGCAAGACAGCUUAGUUAUAACAACCAUAACCAAUUUGACGAAGCUAUUCCAUAUCAUCAUGUUUCUAUGGACAAGAAGACAAGUGUUUUAGUGGAGGAUCUGAAUGGUCUGUCUGAGAAUCCUACAUGGGCUAAUGUUGACAAGGGUUUUGAAACAACUGAUUUGUGUCAGGAUGAUUCUCAGUCUGGAGGGACGACUCAGUCAGAUCUUUCUCAUCAAUCUUCUGGUUCAGAUUACACCUGGAGACCACUUUCUCCAGUGGAAGAUGUCUAUUCUUGUCUGAUGAAUCAACCUCCUAGGAAACAAGUUCUUGUUGGGUCUAAUCAUCAGGCGGAUAUUCCUGAAUUCGUCAAGGAAGAGGUUCUUGAUCAGUCAGAGACUCGAACUAAGGACGACUUAGAAGGGAAGCUGAUGGGAAAGUGCAUAAUACCAAUGUCUGACUCUGACCUUUUUGGAACCGGUCAACGAAGAAAGGAAUGUCUUUGCCCGGAUAAAGGCUCGAUUAGAUGUGUGCGGCGACAUAUCCUGGAAGCUAGAGAGAGCCUGAUUGAAACCAUUGGAUAUGAGAGGUUUAUGGAGCUAGGGUUCUGUGAAAUGGGGGAGGAAGUUGCAAGCUUAUGGACCGAAGACGAAGAAGAUCUCUUUCACAAGGUUGUAUACUCCAAUCCUUUCUCAGUGGGUCGUGACUUCUGGAAGCAAUUAAAGGCAAUGUUUCCUUCAAGAACUGUGAAGGACUUGGUUAGCUACUACUUCAAUGUCUUCAUCUUGCGGAGACGGGGUACUCAGAAUCGGUUCAAAUCCCUAGACGUCGAUAGUGAUGAUGACGAGUGGCAAGUAGAGUACAACAUCUUUUACAGCACCAAAUCUUUAGAUGAGGAAGACAACAAUGGAAAUCGCUCCUCACAUGAAGAUAACGAGGAAGAAGAAACGAACAGCAGUGAUGAUGAUGAUGAAGAAGAAGAAGAAGAAGACAACUCACCAAGUAACGAUGCUCAUUGUGUAUAUAUGGAUAAGGCUUCAAGAGACGGUGUUGGUGAGGAGUUAAAUGUGGAAGACGACUCAUGUAUGUCCUUCGAGUUACAAGACUCCAACUUGAUCUUCACUCACAGCCCAAUUGAAAACAGAGAGUGCCACAGAUCUGGUGAUGAUUCGUAUUCAUUUGAUGAUCAGAGAUUCACAUCAGAUUGUUGGAACAAGAACAACGAUCUUCUACCAACUUCAAACAUCAUUGAGGAGAUAUUUGGUCAAGAUGAUUGGGACGAUAAUGAUGAUGAUAACUUCAAGGGGAAGUAAAUGAAAAGCUUUCUUUCUUCUUCCAUAGAUUUCUGCAGAUUUUUUUUUUUCUUAAGUGAAUUAUUUAAAGAAGCAGAAGUUUGAAAGUUUCCACUUUGGGAGUUUUUUUGUUGGUUUAGGUUGAAGAAGAAGGGACUUCCUGAUUGAUUUGACUAUGUAAAAAAGCUAUUAAAAUCCAGGAACCUUU